GAAGGUGGCACAUUCACCAAAUAUGGAAGAGGAUAUCAAACCUCUCUUGGUUCCUGUUGGAGGCGAUGAAAGCAAUUAUGGAAUCAUGAAUAUACAGUUCAGUCCAGAAGAUUUUAAGUGCAAAAGACCAUUUCAUGUGGAGCCUACCAACAUAGUCAGUGUGAACGAUGACAUGCAGAGAGUCACUGAUGAAGCUUCAGCAAUGAAUAAGCGGAUUCAUUACUAUAGUAGACUCACGUCUCCUGCAGACAGGGCAUUGAUUGCUCCUGAUCAUGUACUUCCAGCUCCUGAAGAAAUCUACGUGUACAGUCCAUUAGGAACUGCUUUUAAAGUUGACAGUUGCACAGAUGGCUAUGGUAAAAACUCCAGUAUAGUGACAAUAUUUAUGAUAUGGAAUACAAUGAUGGGUACAUCUAUAUUAAGUAUCCCAUGGGGAAUAAAACAGGCAGGCUUUACUUCUGGAAUAAUUCUCAUCUUACUGAUGGGCAUUUUGACUCUCUAUUGCUGCUACAGAGUUGUGAAAUCACGGAAAAUGAUACCUUUAAUAGAUACCUCAAACUGGGAAUUCCCAGACGUUUGCAAGUAUUACUUUGGAUCCUUUGGUCAAUGGUCAAGCCUUUUAUUUUCUAUGGUAUCGCUUGUUGGAGCCAUGGUUGUUUAUUGGGUGCUUAUGUCCAACUUUCUGUUCAACACAGGAAAGUUUAUAUACAACUUUGUUCAUGACAUUAAUGUAACCGAGAUUGUUCCUGGCACAAAUGGAAGUAACAAAGUCAUUUGUCCAAGUGCUGCUAGCGGUCACCCACCACAGAACAGGAGUGUGACGUUCUCUUCUGGCAACAAUACAGGUUUUGAACUCUUUGAAGAGUGGUGGAACAAAUCACAAACAGUACCGUUUUACCUGAUUGCUGUUCUUCUACCCCUGCUAAAUCUGAAGUCUCCAUCCUUCUUUGCGAAGUUUAAUGUAUUAGGUACGGUUUCAGUUGUCUACCUAGUUUUUCUGGUUACUGUAAAAGCUGCUCGUCUGGGAAUCCACUUAGAAUACAACUGGUUUACAGAGAAUGAUUUUUUUGUACCAGAGUUUAGAAUUCUGUUCCCUCAGCUCACAGGGGUUCUGACACUUGCAUUCUUCAUCCACAAUUGUGUCAUCACACUUCUUCAAAAUAACAGGAAUCAAGAAAAUAAUGUGAGAGACCUCUCUAUUGCAUACUUCCUGGUGGGAUUAACAUAUCUGUAUGUUGGAGUGAUAAUUUUUGCAUCUUUUCCUUCUCCACCAUUAUCCAAAGAAUGUAUUGAACAGAAUUUUCUAGAUAACUUUCCCAGCGAUGACAUCAUGUCAUUUGUUGCUUUUUUGAUGACUGUAUACCCACUGUUGGGCUAUCUGGCACGAGUUCAGCUGUUAAAACAGUUUUUUGGAAAUGCUUACCCAAGCGUUUUCCAUGUGCUCGUCCUGAAUGUAGCAAUUGUGGGAGCUGGAGUAGCAAUGGCAAGAUUUUAUCCAAAUAUAGGAGGUAUCAUAAGAUACUCUGGAGCAACAUGUGGUCUGGCCUUUGUAUUCGUGUAUCCUUCCCUCAUCUACGUGAUCUCCCUGCAUCGUGCUGGGCAGCUGACGUGGCCAGCAUUGAUCAUUCACAUCUUUAUAAUCCUCCUUGGACUGGCUAAUCUGAUUGCACAAUUCCUAUUGUGAAAACUCCCCCUUCUUCCCUGUGGCUGUCACAAGUGGUACUGUGACAUUUGGCAACAGCCUUGAGCAACUCUGUCACGCGUGAGAAUGAACAGUCCUCAAUAUGAUCUUCUUGAGAAAAGCUGCACCUUUGAAACAAACUCAAA